AUGCAGGCUGAGCCUGCAUCAGGCAAGGCGCAAGCUUCCCCCGCCGCCAUCUCAGCCGCCGUUGCCGCCGCUGCCGCCGCUUGCGCCAGUGCCAGCGCCGCUGCAGCGUCGCCAAAAGCCGCAAGCGCACCACCCGCGCCGUCCGCCGCCGCAUUCUCUGAGGCGCCUCGAGAAUCGCCUUCUGUCGCCGCCGUUUCCGACGCGCCUCAAAGAUCGCCGUCAGCAGCAGCCGCCGCUGUUGCAACGGCGGCACCGGCGCGGGCGGCGACGCCAUCGCCGCCGCCGUCGCCGCCGCUGGCGCUUCCCGCGCCGUCUCCUCCGCCGCUGCACGUACAGCUUCAGCUGCUGCACUUCCCGUAUUUGUCGGAAGCAUGGACGGCUUUGGAGCAACGGCUGCUGGAUCAAGGGCUCGCAAGGUUCCCCGCGGAUCAGUUCCCCCCCGCGCAGCGCUACCUCAAGAUCGCGGCGUCUCUGCCAGAGAAGACCGCUCGGGACGUGGCUCUGCGCUGCAAAUGGCUGCAGAGGAAGGAGGCGGGCAAGAGGCGGAGGGCAGAGGAGAUCACAGCAGCGAAGAAGCCAAAGGACAAAAAGGACAAGGACCAACAGCAGCGAGUGCAGGCAGCAACAGGGGAACCCGCAGCAGGAGGAGGGGGAGGAGCAGCAGGGACAGGCGGAGAAGUGGGGGCAGGGGGAACAGGCGGAAACGCUGCUGGAGGGGGGCCGGCGAGGGCAGGGGGGCAGGGUAUGGUCAAGGUGGAAACCGCAGGUGCUGGGGAUGGUGCUGGGGCGAGAGGGGGAGGUGUAUCUGGUGGAGGUGGUGUAUCUGGCGCAGGAGCAGGAGGUGGUGGUGGUGAUGGGUGUGAUGGGUGUGGUGGUGCUGCUGACACGCAUACAGAUGGUGCUGACAACAGCGGCAGCUUGCUCUCCGGUACGUCUGCUGGGGCGUGA